CACCCAAAACAAAAUAUUUAAAAACAAUGUCGAAACCGGCUGUUUACUUUCUUAUCCUCCUGUUGACGGCGGCGACGCCGCCACGUUUGGCUGAUUCAAGCGACGACACGAAUCACGCGUACUUGCCUUGUUCGGACACGAGAGUCCAGGUAUCGGAUGGGUUCACUUUUGGGAUCGCGUUCGCACCAAGGACAUCGUUCUACUUCAACAGCUCGCUUCAGUUGUCUCCUUGCGAUCGUCGGCUCUCGCUAACGAACUCCGGCUCUCGCCUCGCUCUCUUUAGACCUAAAGUUGACGAGAUCUCUCUCCUCACGAUCAACACAUCUUCUUUUUCUCCGGACUCGGUUGGUGGGUAUAUGGUUGCAUUUGCUGGUCGAAAAUAUGCUGCAAGGUCCCUUCCUGCUUUCGUUGCAAACGGAACCUACACCGUAACAAGCUUCACUCUUGUUCUCGAGUUUAAGAAAGGCAGGCUGCAAAACUUGUUUUGGAAAAGGGAUGGCUGCAAACAAUGUCCGGGGAAAUCAAAUUUUAUUUGCCUAAACAAACAAGAUUGUGCAAUUAAUACAAACAACUGUAAAAACCAUGGAGGUUCUGUUGAUUGCAGCAUCGGUAUACAACUAGCAUUUUCUGGAACAGAUAAGCACCUUUCUGCCCUGAACUCAUGGUAUGAAGUUGAGAACCUUCGGCAGUACUCACUGUUCGGCCUUUAUUCUAAUCUCAGAGAUUCUCUCACUAGCCAAUACAAUAAGAUCUUUUGAUGAUGCUUUUGAUGGUUUCAUCUUCUUUUAGUUGUACGUAUGCUGUAAUUCUUUUUCCUUGUGCUUUCUAAUUGAUGUUGUGUCCACAUCUAUUGUUGCCUCUAUUGCUUUCGGGUGAAACUGCUGCUCGUACAGUUCGAAGAUAGUUAUGUGGGUGUAUUAUGUUCAAUUGCGUUUACUUUUUGUUUGUAAUUACAAAUCUGAUUCAUAUGAAUGCUUUGUUCUUCAUGCUA